UCUGGCUGCUUCCUCUGCAUGCCCAUCUACGGCGCUCGCAUUCUGGAACAAACGGGCUCAGGCAAAUGAACCUCGUGUAUAAAUGACGCGGUUUCAUGUUACUUCAACAGAUCCUAAAUCGUUUUGCAGCAGUUCUCAUAGUUUUGCAAACGACCAACUAAGAAAUUGAGCCUUCAAUCGGAUAUCUCGCAUUAUCAUCAAUCCAGAAGAGAUUUAGGAGGCCGAUUGAUUGCCUCUCAUAUUCGUGAGUAGAACAGGACGAUGGCCGCCGCGAUGUCUCAGAUGUCUGCCGCUGCAACCAUGGCCGGCGGCCUCAUGGCCCUGGCCCCCUCCUCCACGAGGCUGUCCAGCGCUGCUUCCCGCGUGGUGGACCGACCCAGACUGGGCGCGUCGCUGGCCGGACGAGUUCGAUGCGAGGCGGGCAAGGGCCUGCGGGAAACCAUCAAUGAGAGCACGAAGAAGGACAUCACGGAGGGCGAGAUCCUGAAGAACAUGGAGACCAACGAGUCGGAGCAGCGCUCGUAUUUCGGCGCCAAGCCCACCCCGGGGUUCGACCAGGCUGUGGGGUUCACCCCCCGCCCCGAGAUCGAGAGGCGGCCCGAGACCGGCGACAAGUCCUUCUUCAGCGUGUUCGCGUUCGACGGGGCUGCCCCCGAGACCAUCAACUGCCGGCUGGCGAUGUUGGGCAUCGUGUGGGCGUUCUUCGCGGAGAAGGCGACGGGAUUGACGGUGGCGGAGCAGCUGUUCAACCCCACCACGAGCGGGCUGGUGUACUUCGUGGGCGCGGUGCAGCUGUUCACGUACGCGUCGCUGGUGCCGAUCAUGAACGGCGAGUCGACGGAUGCUCGCAGCUUCGGGCCGUUCACGGCGCGGGCUGAGCGAUGGAACGGGCGGCUGGCGAUGCUGGGAUUCUUGUCGCUGGUUGUCACGGAGCUGAUCCGCGGAGCUCCCGUGUUCCACUAAAUGUAUGUAGGUAGGCAGGCAGGCAGGCGCGGAGGGAUCAAUUCCUGGACUGCUGCAAGAUUGUACAGUGCCGAUUGUAGAGUUUUGGUAGUUCGUUGAGUCGAUAGUCAGGUGAAGGAGAUUGGAUGCUUGCCCCGGCGUCUGUUCAUAUGGAAGUAGGAAACAGCCGGCCUUGCGUGCUGAGAAUGGAUUGCUCCAGCGUGGACCUGACAUGUAUGUUUUGAAGUAAUUUCUUGUUGACGAACUGUUCAAUUAUGUGUCAUGCGUGAGGAUUUGAAAAUACAUAUUUUUGUGGCCUA